UGUUGCAGGUAGCCAGAUGCCAUCACAGACUCCUGGUACCCAAUCAGAAUCUAGCUCCCAUCCUGCCUUGAGCCAAUCCCCAAUGCCACAGGAUCGAGGUUUUAUGACAAGCAUUCAAAGAAACCCUCAAUUGUCACAAUAUGCAUCUCAGCAGACUGGACCUUCUAUGUCACCCCAUCCUUCACCUGGAGGUCAAAUGCAUUCUGGAAUUGGGAGCUUUCCACAAAGUAAUUCAAGUGGUGCUUAUGGAACUCAGAUGAGCCAGUAUGGGCCACAAGGGAACUACUCCAGACAGCCAACAUACUCUGGAGUGACCAACGCAGGUUACAGUGGACCAGGACCUGGUAUGGGUAUAAAUGCCAGCAACCAGAUGCACGGACAGGGUCCAGGCCAGCCUUGUGGUACCAUUCCCUUGGGACGAAUGCCAUCAACUGGGAUGCAAAGCAGACCGUUUCCUGGAAAUAUGAGCAGUAUGACACCCAGUUCUCCGGGCAUGGCUCAGCAAGGAGGCCCCGGGAUGGGACCACCCAUGCCAACUGUGAACCGUAAGGCCCAGGAGGCAGCUGCAGCAGUGAUGCAAGCUGCUGCCAACUCCGCCCAGAGCAGGCCACCAUACAUUCGGUCGCCUGCUUAUCCCAGCCAGUCUGGGGCUGGCGGACGCCCCAUGUUUUCUUCACAGCACCCCAACUAUGGCAACGCUCAGGGUCCCAUGAUGCAUCAGCCUGACCAGUACGGGCAAGGCAGUUUUCCUGUCAUCAAUCAGAGUGGCAUUAUGGGAUCCAGCUCUCCAUACACCCAACCAAUGAACAGCAACUCAAGUCUGAUGAACCCUCAAGCUUCUCCUUACAGCAUGGCACCUAACAUGGUGAACAGUUCCACAGCACCUAUGGGUCUUGCAGAUUUGAUGACUCAAGGUGAGUCCAAAUUGCCCGUUCCUCUCAAACCAGAUGGAAAAGAAGAAGGACCUCCCCAGCCAGAGAGCAAAAAGGAUAGCUACAGCUCUCAGGGUAUUUCUCAGCCCCCAACCCCAGGCAACCUGCCAGUCCCUUCCCCAAUGUCCCCAAGUUCUGCUAGCAUCUCCUCAUUUCAUGGAGAUGAAAGUGAUAGCAUUGGCAGCCCAGGCUGGCCAAAGACUCCAUCAAGCCCUAAAUCAAGUUCCUCCAACACAACCGGGGAGAAGAUCACCAAAAUGUAUGAGCUGGGGACUGAACCAGAGCGGAAAGUUUGGGUGGAUCGCUAUCUCAACUUCAUGGAAGAAAGGGGAACACCUGUAGCUGGUCUCCCUGCUGUUGGCAAGAAGCCACUGGAUCUUUUUAGACUCUAUGUUUGUGUUAAGGAGAUUGGAGGCUUAGCCCAGGUUAAUAAAAAUAAGAAGUGGCGUGAGCUAGCUACCAACCUAAAUGUUGGCACUUCGAGCAGCGCAGCCAGUUCCUUGAAAAAACAAUAUAUUCAAUACCUCUUUGCCUUUGAAUGCAAGAUUGAACGAGGGGAGGAACCCCCUCCAGAAGUCUUCAGCACUGGAGAUACUAAAAAACAAGCUAAGAUUCAGCCGCCAUCUCCUGCAAACUCGGGUUCUCUUCAGGGUCCACAGACCCCUCAGUCUACGGGGAGCAAUUCUAUGACAGAAGUGCCAAGUGACCUCAAGCCUCCAACACCAGCGUCCACACCUCAUGGACAGAUGACACCCACUCAGAGCAGCAGAAAUAGUUCAGUCAGUGUACAUGAUCCCUUUUCGGAUAUAAGUGAUUCCACAUACGCAAAGCGGAACUCCAUGACUCCAAAUGCACCCUAUCAGCAAUCAAUGAAUAUGCCAGAUAUGAUGGGAAGGAUGCCCUAUGAGCCAAACAAGGAUCCUUUUGGUGGGAUGAGAAAAGUGCCUGGAAAUAGUGAACCCUUCAUGGCCCCUGGACAAAUGCCCAACAGUGGCAUGCAGGAUAUGUACAGCCAGAGUCCCGCUGCAACCAUGUCCAACAUGGGCAUAGGCCAACGGCAACAGUUUCCCUAUGGAAGUGGUUAUGACCGGAGGCAUGAACCAUAUGGACCACAGUAUCCAAUGCAAGCUCCUCCUUCUGGACAACCCCCCUAUGGAACACACCAAUCAGGAAUGUUUCCACAGCAGCAAAACUACAAACGGCAUAUGGAUGGCAUGUAUGGGCCUCCAGCAAAACGUCAUGAUGGAGAUAUGUUUAACAUGCAGUACAGCAACCAACAGCAGGAGAUAUUUAACCAGUAUAGCAGUGCUUACUCUGGACCAGACAGGAGACCCAUCCAGGGACAGUAUCCAUAUCCUUAUAACAGAGAAAGGAUGCAGGGUCCUGGACAAAUGCCACAACAUGGAAUACCUCCGCAGAUGAUUGGUGGCCCUAUGCAGACAUCAGCUUCCAGUGAAAGCCCCCAACAAAACAUGUGGCCCACAAGAAAUGAUAUGUCUUACCCAUAUCAGAACAGGCAAGGCCCUGGGGGCCCUGCACAGGCCCCACCUUAUCCAGGGAUGAAUCGUACUGAUGAUAUGAUGGUACCUGACCAGAGAAUAAACCAUGAAAGCCAGUGGCCUUCUCAUGUCAACCAGCGACAGCCUUCUUACAUGUCAUCCUCUGCUUCCAUGCAGCCUAUUACUCGACCUCCUCAGUCAUCCUAUCAGACGCCACCAUCAAUGCCAAACCACAUAUCUCGAGCUCCUAGCCCUGCAUCUUUCCCACGCUCUCAUGAAAAUCGUAUGUCUCCCAGUAAAUCUCCAUUCCUAUCCUCUAUGAAGAUGCCAAAAGUUAUGCCUACUCUUCCAGUCUCGCAGGUCACAGGUCCUCCAAUGCAGCCACCAUCAUCUAUUAGGCGGGAAGUCACUUUUCCUCCAGGUUCGGUGGAAGCAUCCCAACCAAUUUUAAAACCAAGGCGAAAGAUUACCUCAAAAGAUAUUGUGAGUCCGGAAGCCUGGCGAGUGAUGAUGUCUCUUAAAUCAGGUCUUCUUGCAGAAAGUACUUGGGCAUUAGACACUAUUAACAUUCUUUUGUACGAUGAUAGUACGGUUGCUACGUUCAAUCUCUCACAGUUAUCUGGUUUUCUUGAGCUGUUGGUGGAAUAUUUUAGAAAAUGCCUGAUUGAUAUUUUUGGGAUCCUUAUGGAAUAUGAAGUGGGAUAUCCAGGACCAAAACUGCAAGAUCAUAAUUCAUUUCCGAAUGAGGAUGGGCAGUCUGCAACGGAGGAUGUCAGGAAAGAGGAAGAAAACAAUGAUGAAUGUAUAGAUUACUUUGAUGACCUGGAAGAUGAGGAGGACGAAGAGGAAGAAGAUGAAACUGAGAACACAGAAGAAGGAAAGAACACUCUUGUAGCUCCACCUGAUGCCAUUCUUGAUCCAAGUGAGAAGCCAAAACAAGCCAGUAAGUUUGACAAGUUGCCAAUAAAAAUUGUAAAGAAAAACAACUUAUUUGUUGUCGACCGAUCUGAUCGGCUGGGGCAUGUUCAGGAAUUCAACAGUGGGCUUCUUCAUUGGCAACUUGGUGGGGGUGAUACAACUGAACACAUUCAUACCCAUUUUGAGAGUAAGAUGGAGAUUCCUGCUUGCAGGCGGCCAUCUCUAUCAGUCUCCUCAGGUAAAAAGAAGAACGUAGAGGGGAAAGGAGAAUCUGAGGAACAGCAAGACAAAAGCAUAUCGGCCACUAUUGAUGAUGUCUUGUCAGCUCGUCCGGGAGCAUUGUCUGAAGACCCCGACUCCAAUUCUCAGACAGAUAGUAAUAAAUUUCCAUUUGGGAUCCAUCAAGUGAAAAGUCAUCGAAAUAUCAAACUGCUGGAAGAUGAGCCACGGAGUCGAGAUGAGACUCCUCUAUGUACCAUUACCCACUGGCAAGAUUCUUUGGCCAAACGUUGCAUCUGUGUUUCAAAUAUUGUCCGCAGCUUAUCUUUUGUGCCUGGCAAUGAUGUGGAAAUGUCUAAACAUCCAGGCUUGGUGCUAAUCUUGGGAAAGUUGAUUCUUCUUCAUCAUGAACACCCAGAAAGAAAGCGUACACCACAGACAUAUGAAAAAGAGGAAGAAGUGGACAAAGGGGUGGCCUGCAGCAAGGAUGAGUGGUGGUGGGACUGCCUUGAGGUCUUGAGGGAUAAUACAUUGGUCACACUAGCCAACAUUUCUGGGCAGCUAGACUUAUCUGCUUAUACAGAAAGCAUCUGUUUGCCAAUUUUGGAUGGCUUACUGCACUGGAUGGUGUGCCCAUCGGCAGAGGCACAAGAUCCUUUUCCAACUGUGGGGCCCAACUCAAUCCUUUCGCCUCAGAGACUUGUACUGGAAACCCUGUGUAAACUCAGUAUCCAAGACAAUAACGUGGACCUCAUAUUGGCCACGCCCCCAUUCAGUCGUCAGGAGAAACUGUAUGCUACUUUAGUUAGGUACGUUGGGGAACGCAAAAAUCCUGUCUGCCGAGAAAUGUCAAUGGCGCUCUUAUCAAACCUUGCCCGAGGGGACACGUUAGCGUCAAGGGCAAUAGCUGUGCAGAAGGGAAGCAUUGGAAACUUGAUAAGCUUCCUUGAGGAUGGGGUCACGAUGGCCCAGUACCAGCAGAGCCAGCAUAACCUUAUGCACAUGCAGCCUCCGCCUCUGGAGCCACCUAGUGUGGACAUGAUGUGCAGGGCAGCCAAGGCCUUGUUGGCCAUGGCCCGGGUGGAGGAAAACCGCUCCGAAUUCCUUUUACAUGAGGGCCGCUUGCUGGAUAUCUCAAUAUCAGCUGUCCUGAACUCUAUGGUUGCAUCUGUCAUCUGUGAUGUACUCUUUCAGAUAGGGCAGUUAUGACACAAGUGAGAAGCAAGCAUGUGUGAGUGGAGAUUAAAGGGUCACAUAUAACUGGCUGGUUUCUGUACCUGUUUAUCCAGUGUAGGAAGAAUGGGGAAAAAAGAAGAAGAAAAAGUAGAAGAAUCUUUGCUCCUCUGCCCCAUUCACUAUUUACCAAUUGGGAAUUUCAAAACAUUAAUUUGAACAGUUAUGGAAUUAAUAUUUGCUGUCUAUGUGUAUAAGUACAUCUUUUUAUUUUAUUUUUUUAACCAAAGUCUCUCUCUAGUACAUUCAAAGAUCACAUUUCUUUUUUCAUAGCUAUCCUUGCUCAUGUUUGUUUGUUUUUCCCAUGUUUGAAUCAUAUUUUUCGGGGAGGGGAAGCAACCUUGAAUUUUGGGGAGGUGUCAAGAUAUAGAAAAAUACGAUUUGAUGUUGGGAGAAAGGGGCAUGCCACUCUCAAAUGCAAAAGUGGAGGGGAAAAAAUGCUGAGCUAAUGUGCUUUUUAUUUUUUAAGAACAAAGGAAAUUCCAACCAUCCUUACUGCCAUUGCCCAAAGUGCUGUGUGCAAUAGAAGAAUUAUAGUGAUAUAGGUGUGGUGGAUGGCAAAGGAAAAGGGUGUCAGUUCCUCAUCUGCCCACAUUUUCUUGGGUUCUUUGCAGGAGAAGUUACACUAUGCUAGGAGCAAAACCAAUUCUUUAAGAAAGUAAAAACAACUCUGAAGACGAUCAACACAAAUUGCUUCCUCACCAGAACUGUCAACAUCAAUAUCUAUUGUUUGACCUUCCACAAUGACAGUUCAUUACAAUUUCUUUAAAUCAUUUUUUUAAAAUAUUUUUAUUGCCUAAAGGCAGUGUUGUAUAUAGAAGUUGUACAUUAAACAUACCCUCAUCUUUUUAAAAAAUAAAUAAAACAAGUACAAGGAUUUAUUUUUUUCAUGAUGUGGUAACUACAAAGUGAUGGUAGACUUAAUUUUAUUAUUAUUAUUAUUGUUAUUAUAUUAUUAUAUUAUUAUUAUUUUCUUUGGGCCAUAACUCCAAAAACUAAGAAAAAAACACCACGAGGGUAAUGUACAAGUUUCUGUAUGUAUAAAGUCAUGCUCUAUUUCGGGAGAGCAAUUGCUCACAACUUACUUUAUAAAUCAAGAUGUGGAAA